AUGACCAAGCUAUCUCUCGCCUUGUCGGCGGGCCUCAUUGCAGGCGCCAACGCCUUCUGGCGAAUGGAAUGCCCUGGCCGCGUCGGACUCGCGCGAAUGGACCCCAUCGUCAACCCAGGCAGCGUUUCGAACCACGUACACGCCAUUCACGGAUCUAGUGGAUUCUCCGAAACCGCCAACUCGGCGGAUCUUCUCAAGGGCGGCUGCACCUCGUGUCGUGUCACGCAGGAUCUGUCGUCUUACUGGACCCCUGCGCUCUACUUCCAAGAUGAGAAGACUGGCAAAUACGAGAUUGUCCAGCAAGUCGGAGGCAUGCUUGCCUACUACCUCCUUUACGGGAACAACAUCACGGCCUUCCCCACGGGCUUCCGCAUGCUGUCGGGCACCAAUGAGCGCCGAACUUACACAGUUGGCGACCCGAACAAGCCCGACCCGGACAAGUCGAUGUGGGCGUCUCUCGGCCAGACCAAGCAGGAGGACCUCGAGCAGCGAGCCAUCGGCUUCAACUGCCUCAACUACGCCAAGACGCCAGAGGGCACGCUCUACCGCCACUACAUGCCUGACAAGCAGUAUCUCGAUGCCAACUGCAAGGACGGCAUCCGUCUUGAAAUCAUGUUUCCCUCUUGCUCCAAGGGCACACAGUACCUCGACAGUGAGAACCACAAGGACCAUGUUGCGUUCCCCGACCUUGUUAUGUCUGGAACCUGCCCGGACACCCACCCCGUGCGCCUGCCAAGCCUUCUGUACGAGGUUAUCUGGAACACGAAUGCCUUCAAGGACAGGAAGGGAAAGUUUGUCUUUUCCAAUGGAGACACGACUGGCUACGGCUAUCAUGGUGACUUCAUGAUGGGCUGGGACGAGAGCUUCCUGCAGAAAGCCGUCGAUACCUGCACGAACCCUUCAGGCCGAAUCCAGGACUGCCCAUUGUUUAACGUCGUGAGCGAGGCAAAGGCAACCGCGUGUGGCCUAAAGAACUCGCUGCCGCAGGCACUGUUUGGCGAGGAUGUCAAGGGGCCGAUGAUCAAGCUGCCAGGCGGUAUGACUGGCAGUGAACCCGCGGCAUCCUCUCCGGCCGCUCGCCCGAGCCUGACUUACAAACCUGGCGAGAAGCCGUCCGCACCUGCCUCCCCUCUUCCCGGCCAGAUCUUCAAGGCAUCAUCGAGCGCUCCCGCAGUCCCGACGACGACCGCCGUUCCCACCCCGUCCAACUAUGGAGCCAAGGCAAACCCCGAGAAUGCCACACCUACGACGCCGACAACGCCUCCCCCGCCUCCCCCGCCCGCCAGCACGCCGGCGCCGGACACUCAGAGCUACUACAGCACCCAAUACGUGACCAACGGAAACGUUGUGAGCAAGAUCCUUUGGCAGGAGCAGCUCGUCUACGUGACCCAGUAUGUCGACGCGGUCGAGACGGCAGCCCCUGGGGCCGCCCGCCGCCGUCGCGGGGCUCACCUGCAUGGCCGCCAUGGCAAGCGGCUGUAG